AUGCGGCUCACCCGGCACAACCCACCCCCGACCCAGUAUCUCUUCAUGAGCCGAGACGGAUCACGACGCUCGGCACGGUUGGGCCUGGUUAUUCGUGGGGCAGAGGCUGGAGCUGGGCACCGCGUGGCUCCAUGCUGCCUGCUGGCAAAGAAAUACCACCCUGAUACAAACAAGGAUGACCCUAAAGCUAAAGAGAAGUUCUCCCAGCUGGCAGAAGCCUACGAGGUAUUAAGUGAUGAAGUGAAGCGGAAACAAUACGAUGCGUACGGCACGGCUAGUUUUGAUCCUGGCGCAGCAGGUGCCGGCGCUGGGCGGCAGUACUGGAGCAGCGGUCCGUCGAUUGAUCCGGAAGAGCUUUUCAGAAAAAUCUUCGGAGAGUUUUCGGGAUCCCCUUUCGGCGAUUUUCAGAACGUCUUUGACCAGCCACAGGAGUAUAUCAUGGAACUGACAUUCACCCAAGCGGCAAAAGGUGUUAACAAGGAGAUUGUGGUGAACAUCAACGACUCCUGUGAGCGAUGCAAUGGUAAAGGACACGAACCUGGUACCAAAGCCCAGCGCUGUCACUACUGCAGUGGCACGGGCAUGGAGACAAUAAAUACCGGCCCUUUUGUAAUGCGAUCUACGUGCCGACGAUGUGGCGGUCGUGGUUCCAUCAUAACAACACCGUGCGUAGUAUGUCGAGGAACGGGGCAAACCAAACAAAAGAAGAGAGUGAUGGUUCCUGUGCCAGCUGGCGUUGAGGAUGGGCAGACAGUUCGGAUGCCUGUGGGGAAGAAAGAAAUUUUCAUUACGUUCAGGGUUCAAAAAAGUUCUGUGUUCAGAAGAAAUGGAGCAGAUAUCCAUUCGGACCUCCUUAUUUCAAUAGCACAGGCUGUUCUGGGAGGCACAGCCAGAUGUCAAGGCUUGUACGAGACAAUCAAUAUCACGAUACCCCCUGGUAUUCAGCCAGACCAGAGAAUUCAAAUGAGCGGGAAAGGCAUUCCCAAGGUUAACAGCUACGGCUACGGAGACCACUACAUUCACAUAAAGAUAAAAGUUCCUCAGAGGCUGACGGAUCGCCAGAGAGCCUUAAUGAUGAGCUACGCCGAGGACGAGGCAGAUGUGGACGGCACGGUGAACGGAGUCACAAAUACAGCAUCAGGGAAGCGUUCUACUGGAAACUAAGAGCCAGCCGCAGCAGGUCAUCUUUGCAGUCGGGGAUG